CACAGCCUGCACUCAAGCAGAUCUGUUCUAUGCCUUUCCAGACACUCCGAGAGGCACUCACGCUCCUCGUGGAGUGGGCCACAGUCUAUGUGGCCAUGAUGCCCUGGUUGCUGUUGUUUGUCCUCCUUUUCGUCGAUACUUCUUUGGCAGAUAAGCCAGAGGAACCAGAGGAACCAGAGCAUGUUAGUGGAUGUUACAACAAGAACUUCAGCAUCCUACUCAUCGAGGCUUCCCCAUCUGAUAUCCCUGACCCUGCAAAAGCCUCAGUCUAUUUUACUCCCAGCAUCCCAGCUGGUCCUCAGAGACUAGUGUUGGAGAAUGGACAAUUAAAGGACAACAGAUACAAUCUUGUGUCCAACAAGUCAGGGCUCUAUUUUGAGGUGCCCCAGCUAAACGCAGAGGAUCAGGGAAUAUUCUCCGUGAUAUUAAAUGAUAUCGAUAUGGAUAAUGAGACAUUCUCCCUCACAGUGACAGAGUGCGCCCAUCUAGAACGUUUGGAUUAUGGAAGUAAUUUCUCCAUUCUUCUCGAUGGAGACAUUUUGGAGUUCACCCGAAGGGGCUCGUACUUGGAGCCAGCACUUUUGUGGAACCGAAGUGACCCUACAGUCAGUGAGCGGGGCAGAGGUCGAGUCGUAGCUGGACACUGGCUGGCGAAGAACAUCACCCAGUCCGACCAGGGGAAUUUCACCCUCCGAGAUGUCAAGGGCAAAGCCGUGUCCACUACAGUCCUCAUUGUCACUGAGACCAAAACUUAUGAUUAUUUGAAAAUGAAUGAAGAUUUGGUCAUUGACCUGCCCUUCAGUCUCUCCAAAGUGACCCUCCUCUUCCAUCCUGAAAUUGCUAAGUGUAAUAUAAACAACUACGUCAGGCCGAGGGUCCUGAUACGGGACGGGGUGCUGGUUUUAGAGGAGAAGCAGAGCUAUGAGGGGAGGCUGAAGAUGUCCAACUAUCAGAUCGUCUUAGAGAAAUUCCAGAUUGCUGAUGUUGGAUCUUACCAUGUACACGACCCCCAAGGAAACUUGGCUACCACUGUUGAGGUGGAGAUCUUAUUGCCCUCUGAGGCCUGGAAAGUUGCUGUCUUACCCGUGGUUGGAAUUGUGUUCAUGUUACUGGGUUAUUAUUGGAAGAGUAAGGGUCGUACAUGUUGCAAAGGCGUUACUGGGCCAAUGGCAGCUUAAACUUUUGUGGCUAAUGAAGAACAGCAGAGGAGCAUGAGUGUCAUUGUUUGGGUGACUGUGUGUGUGCUGUUGAAAUUAAGGUCAGAUUUAUCUGUCAGUCAACUCAAUCUGAGUUCACAGGCCAGACAUUGUGCAGCAUUGUAGAGACCUCUCAAGAGACUAAGAGUUCCAGUCACAGCCAUGCAGCAACCAGAAAUGCUAAUAGCUCUCCCUUCUGGACUGCUUCUUUGUAAUCACUGUUGAGUAGUCUUGGUAUAGGAAGAAAAUGCUAUCGGUGAUCACCAUUUCAAGGAAUAGUUUGAUCUGCUUGGCAUUUCUCUGUCAACAGAUUGCCAUUUCAGUAAGUUGAUUUUGGCACCAUCUCCUUCACUGUACUGAAGCCUAAUAGAUAAUCACAUCUCGACAAUAUGUUAGCAAAUGUUGUCUCACUCUAAACUUGGGCUGUGUCAAAGUCAUAUUGCAGGCCCUCAAAUAUUUAUUCAUGCAUUCCAUGUAACAGCACUUUUUGCCACAUUACCUGUUCAUUUUACGUUCUGACCUCUAUUAUCAUAAAUGUUUGACUUGAAGUUUCAGCUGUACAAACUUCCUUUACCAAAAAAAGUUUUGAAAAGAGUUUCUUUCAGCCAAAGACUUUUUGUAAUAUGUAACUGUUUACAUUUUUAUCUACAUGGGGUAAUAAUAUACUCACUGAAAGGAGAAAAUCAUACUGGUUACACUUAAGUGGGAUUACAUUAUCCUGAUACAAGAGCUUUGAAAUAAUUCCAAGUUUUUCCAAGGGAUGGGUACCAUCAAAAACGCACAAAUAUUGUAAUUAUUAUUUCACGAUUUUGUACAACUGAAGCAGUCCAAAUAGUCUGUGCCAUAGGCUAAAGGGCCGUUCACACCAAGAACGGUAACGAUAAUGAUAACAACAAAAAAGUAUUGCUCUAGCUAAAACGAUAACGACAUGAAGAACGAUAUCGCUGGGGAUCACUUUCAGAGCGAUUUUGAAAAGCUGAUGGCCAAUCAGAAUCCAUAAAAAUUGAGCCAUUCUCCAUGUACAUUUUUAGAAUGGGCAAAUAUACUGAGGAAGGGUAUAAUAAAAAUCCGAUUUUAUGCAGAAUGUAAAAUGUUCAUAAAAAUAGUUUCUGGAGUCAGAAAGUUUUUAUAUGUGUGCAUUUAUCAACAUCAUAAUGAAGAUUGUGUGUAGUGGUAAAGCACUUUGAAAUGUCUAGUUUUAUACUGUAUCAUUUA